UAUGAGGCUCACGGGAAAUGAUUCCCUAUAAUUUUUAAACCCCUUUAUUCUGAUUUGACAAUCUAUAUCCCAUAACCCAUUAAAAAAAAAGAAAACAUUUAAGUUCAACUUUGCCUUCACUUUUGAUCUUCCAACACACCACUCUCCCCUUUCUUUGUCCUUAAACUACCCCAUCAUGUCUGUCCCUUCUUCUGCUUUUUCAUUCCUUUUCACAUCUUUCUGUGUUUUCUUCACUUUGAGUGGAACUUCAUCAUGCUUAGCCAUACAUGCAAACACUACACGCCCCCAUCGCCAACUCUCAGUAAAUUACUAUGCCAAAUCAUGCCCCCAGCUAGAACAGCUUGUUGGCUCAGUCACCUCUCAACAAUUCAAAGUGUCACCUGUUUCUGGCCCUGCAACCAUUCGCCUCCUCUUCCAUGAUUGCUUUGUAGGAGGGUGUGAUGCAUCAAUUUUAAUAGCAUCAAAGCCUGGAAGCAAACAGUUGGUAGAGAAGGAUGCAGAGGAUAACAGAGAAUUGAAGGUGGAAGGUUUUGAGACUGUGAGAAAGGCUAAGGAACUAGUGGAGAGAAAGUGUCCAGGUGUGGUGUCAUGUGCGGAUAUUCUUGUAAUUGCAGCCAGAGAUUAUGUACACUUGGCCGGAGGGCCGUAUUACCAAGUGAAGAAGGGAAGAUGGGAUGGAAAGAUAUCAACGGCAUCAAGGGUGGCCUCCAACAUCCCUCGUGCAAACUCCACCGUUGAUCAGCUCAUCAAACUCUUCAACUCAAAAGGCUUAACCACACAGGAUCUCGUUGCUCUUUCGGGGGCCCACACAAUUGGGUUUGCCCAUUGCAAGCACUUCGUGGCCCGCCUCUACAGUUACCGAGGCAAGGCCCAACCGGACCCAAACAUGGACCCAAAACUACUUCAUGCACUUAGAAUGUAUUGUCCGAACUUCGGUGGAAAUUCGGACAUUGUUGCCCCAUUUGAUGCCACUACCCCAUUCAUAUUUGACCAUGCCUAUUAUGCCAACUUGCAGAAGAAGAUGGGCCUCCUUGCCUCUGAUCAGGCUUUGGCUUUGGACCCACGAACCAGGCCCAUUGCUCAAGACCUUGCCAAGGAUAAGCAGAAGUUUUUUCAAGCUUUUGUGGCGGCCAUGGACAAAAUGAGUUUGGUGAAAGUGGUGAGAGGGAAAAGGCAUGGGGAAAAGAGAAGAGAUUGUAGCAUGCAUACGUGAAAGUGGGGUGCAAUUUACGCAAUUCUUGCAUUUAUAACUCAUACCAUACUUCGUGGAGUUUAAUAUUGUUUUGUGCAGUUAUAAAUGAAAUAGUUGCUUAAAUAUUCUUAUUUGUUAACAUUAGUCUUUUAAUUACUUUUUUCUCUCUUCAUUUUGUGUAAUUGUGUUUCGAUUAGACUGGAGGCAAUAUUGUACUUAACCGGUUGUUUAAAACUAUUCCUUGAGUUGAGAA